CAUAGUGGUGAGGGGAGCAGCAGCCCGCCAGCCACGGCGUGCCAUGACAGUCGACGGUGUACAGUGCCACCCUACCCUCGUGUGUGACUGACUCCACCGUCCCUCACACAUACACUCUCUGUGUCGCCACUAUCACAGGAUGACGAUACUUUACAGAUAUAAUAGUUGACUGUUCAUAGUGUCGAGACGGUAUGGUGAUGACACACUCGGGGUAUACAGUUAAUUGAGAGAGAAAAAAGAAGAUAUAUAUUGUGUCGUGGAAAAAGACUCUUGUGUGUAUGGUGGGGAGAGACUUGCCCCAGGACACUCAGCUACCACCAGGAGGAGAGUGAGUGAGUCUGCCAGCUUGAUAAAGAGGCAGUACUGAUGACACCACCAGACCUCUCCCUCCCAUAAAGCUGUAUUACUACUCCUCUGGACCAAGUAACUAUUAUUAACCAACUCUCUUAACACAAACAUCACAGUGAAGUUAAGUGAAAAUAUCUCAUUACUGGAAACAUAGUGAGUGUUUUAUGGGUAGUGGCGGGGAGAAGAUUAUAGCGUCCGUGUGUUUGAGUGUGCGGCCGCCGGGAGACAGUGAGGGGGAGGUGUGUCAUGACAACCAUGUCUCUCCUGUCCCUCACUGCCAAGAUGGUUGCGGCGGUACAGUGCGGUGGCGGCUCCCUCGGCUCCAGAAACCGCAGCCGCAG